UCUUUCACUUUCGAUCUCUGGCUGUCACCCGGCGUGGCCCCUUCCAUGUCCAGCUGGGGCCUGCCUGAUCUGGCCACAGGCAUGAGGGGCCUCCGGUGGAGAUGAGAGUGUUGGCACCAGCCUGGAGCCCAACUAUCUCCCUGCUGCUGCUGCUGCUGAGCCCGGGUCUCUGUGGGACCCCCGACUGCUCCUUCCGCCACAGCCCCAUCUCCUCCACUUUCCGAGACGCCAUCGGCAAGCUGUCUGACUACCUGCUUCAGGAUUACCCUGUCACUGUCGCCUCCAACUUGCAGGACGACAAGCUCUGCGGGGCCUUCUGGCGCCUCGUCCUGGCCCAGCGCUGGAUGGAGCAGCUCAAGACUGUGGCUGGGUCCCAGAUGGAAAAGCUGCUGGAGGCAGUGGACACCGAGAUACACUUUGUCACCUUAUGUGCCCUCCAGCCCCUCCCUAGCUGUCUUCGCUUCGUCCAGACCAACAUCUCCCACCUCCUGCAGGACAUCUCCGAGCAGCUGGUGUCCUUGAAACCCUGGAUCACCCGCUGGAAUUUCUCUGGGUGCCUGGAGCUGCAGUGCCAGCCGGGCUCCUCCACCCCGCUGCCCUCGAUGAGUUCCCUGGCCUUGGGGGCCACAGCCCUCCCUGCCUCUCGGGGCUCCCUGCUGCUCCUGCUGCUGCCCGGGGCCCUUAUACUGCUCAUGCUGCUGGCGGCUGCCUGGUGCCUGAACUGGAGAAGGAGUAGGCGGAGGAUGCCCUGCCCUGGGGAGCAGGUGAGCCAGAGGAGGACACUGAGGCCCAGAGAGAGGAGUCACCUGCCUGAGGACACGGAGCCGGGACUCGGAGGAAGUCAGCUAGAGACCGGUCCCUUCCUCUGCGGCACCGGCGCUGUCACUUUGUCCCCGGGAGGGAGGCAAUGCCAGCCCUCGGCACUGGCUGCGGCCCCGCCGGCCCCGCUCUGUGCAAAGCCCUCGUGCCCAGGAAAUUGUACAUAA